GCUUUGACAUCAGCCCAAUUUCUUCUUCUUCGACGCGUAGAGCAACUGUAUCGUUACGAGAAAAAAACGGGUUCCUCUUCCUCCCCGACACCAGUUGGUGAGGUGAUGGUCUCUCACUUACACGUCGUGACCCUGAAUCUUUAACCUUUCCGAGUCGGCUAGCUUUGUUCACGAGGAGCAGAGCCACACGGUCGUCGCUCGGUUACCUUGUCGGAUUCCGUCCGGUCGGCAACGCUUCGAUCGAUGGCGAUAAAUAGUAACGGACGGGACGCAAUCACGUGAGAAUCGGUGUCGAUUAACUGCCCUUGGAGUACCCGAUCCAGGUUUUGCUCGAGAAUCGAGAUGGAUUCAUGGUGGCGCGAGGACUUCACGGCGUUGGACAAGAAGCUCGUCGAGGCCCUCGGCCGCAAGCAGCAAGGCCAGCAGCCGGCGCCGCUGCCACCUUGCGCCUUCUACGACCUCAACGUGCUGGCGUUCCAUCCCCAGCAACUCUGCGACGAAUACAAGAAUCCCGCGGGGGAUGACGCUCACGUCUACUUCUUCAGCCCAAGGAAUCCGCCAUCGGACGGCGGAGAGACCAGACCGCCCGGCACUACCGUGGACGGUGGCACCUGGAAAAUUUGCUACAGCAUCCCCGUCACGGCCCCGGCCCCGGCCGGCGGCAUCAUCGGCCACAAGACGACCUUGGUCUUGUACGCCGAAGGCUCCGACACGGGGAGCGAGUGGGGCAUGGACGAGUUCAACACCCUAGAGUCUGCCGACCUCUGCCUGCGACGCGUCUACAAACGCGAUAAGAGAUGGAAGGAUGAGGAGCGCCGGCGGCAAAACUCGCCGUGGCCGGUCAUGAGGGAGAGGCUGCUCUUACAGUUGCGCACUAGUUUUGCAAGUGCACCCGCACUUCUUGAAAAGAAGGAGCGCGAGCUAGACGUAGCUUGGGCCAGGUAUUGGAACCAAUAAAGUAGUACUGCUUCCCCUGUUAUACUGGAUCAUAAGACCUUUUUUCUUUAAUUUUUUAAAAUGAACUAGAUACACAUUUGGCAAAUUUUAUCAAGUUUUGUCAAGUUG